AGAGAGUAAAACUAAUAGUAAAGAGGACCAGGUAUCUGAAAUAAUCAAUAAUUCUAUUGUAAAUAGAGAAAGGGUGUCUGAAAAUAAUAGUAGAGAGGACCAAGUGUUUGAAAUAAUUGAGAUAUCAAGUAACAAAGAGAACAAAAUACCUGAAAUAAUUGAAAUAUCAAGUGAUGAAGAAAACCAGACACCUGAAGAUGAACAGACACCCAAAAUAAUUGUAUUAUUAAGUAUUUUAAAAGAACAAACUCCUGAAACAGCUAUAAUGAAUAGUUUUUAA